AUAAUACAAAGUAGCAAAAUAAUGAGAUAUUCUUUUUCUUGUUAAAUAACGUCGUCGAAGCUUCUCUUUAUGUUGUAAUAGUAGUGGGAGUGAUAGCAAACUUCAGUCAACGUCUAUCAUUGAUGUACUUAAACCGCUAUUUUGAAUGACUGAAGAGCAGCUUAUAGAGACGACAAAAAAGAUAGGAUCGUUGCUAUGGUGUACCAGUGAAGCAAAUGGAUCAUACACGCAUAAAAGUUACCAUGGAGGGAGCAUCACACACUUCUUUAGAUUUGUAGGGAGAAAUUGAAAUUCAGCAGGCAUUUCUAGAGCAAGCCGGCCGGUAUCGUCUUUCACCCUCUUUCGGUCUUAUCAAGAAUGCAAAUCUUCGUCAAGACCCUCACCGGCAAGACCAUCACCCUUGAGGUGGAAAGCUCUGACAGCAUUGAAAAUGUCAAGACCAAGAUCCAAGACAAGGAAGGUAUUCCCCCAGACCAGCAACGCUUGAUUUUCGCUGGUAAGCAGCUCGAGGAUGGCCGCACCCUUUCGGACUACAACAUCCAGAAGGAAUCAACCCUUCACUUGGUCCUCCGUCUCCGUGGUGGUAUCAUUGAACCCUCGUUGAAGCAGCUGGCCUCCAAGUACAACUGCGAGAAGAACAUUUGCCGCAAGUGCUAUGCUCGUCUCCCCCCUCGUGCCACCAACUGCCGUAAGAGAAAGUGCGGUCAUUCCAACCAGCUCCGUCCCAAGAAGAAGCUCAAAUAAACGACUCGUUCCCACUCAUCGGAUCCGUUUGUUUCGUUCGUAUUCGUACU